AUGUGUAUCCAAGUACACCAGACUUACACCUGCAAGGACAUCAAGGGCAACACGGUCCAGCAUAAGCGAAGCUACAUCAUACGCUGCUCGACCCCAGACUGGACCAGACACUCCCAGCCCUGCCUUGAAGCGCUCGACGAGCUUCACCAGGUGUACGAGAUCCAGUGCCCAGACUGCACGGGCGAAUCAGCAGAGCAGGGAGGACGGGGCCUGGUCGACGAGGAGUUCAUCGACUUCGCCGACAAUGGCGACGAUGACCCCGAGGACACAAUGACGUCGAAGACCGCCUUGGCGGUCCUGCAUUACUACUUGGCUCUGGCGCGACUUCUUGUUGCCGAGCUGAGCGUUGUGUUGCUAGAAUGUAACAUCGGUCGAGACAGGGAUCGAGUGUUGCAAGUCUUUGAUGCCACCAUCCCGGAAAUCUUCUGCCGCUUCAAUCGCACCCACGACUUUGGUGGCAUUUUUCUCGGCCUUCAGUGCUGCAACGGAACAGGUCACCCUGAAUUAUCGAACAUUGCCUGGGCCGUUCGUCGUGUGAGGGCCGUCAAUGCCUUUUACAUCCUAAUGAGUCUGUUUAGAAAAGAUGAGCGAGGGGAGUACACCUUCGCGGACGAGGCAUUCCCGCUUGUAAUGGAGCCUGGUCGUCGGGCAACGGACCUCCAAGGGGUCUAUGCUGAAGUUGAAGAUACGAUAGUAGCCUUGGGGACAACUCGUAACCCCCACGGUUCCUCUCACACAAGUGAUCCGGAGAACCCCUUUUCCCUACACAACGAGCCAUACACCGCGGCGGAGAUUGACCAGCGGUACCGCUUGCUAGUGGCUAGGCUGGGAGCAGUCCGGCAAAAGUUCGGCUCGUAUUUCGAGGGCUUCGACUCUCCGUCACUGUCCGGUCGUCCAAAGGAGAGGCUCCUGUGCCGUGCGAUGGACAUCCUCACCAGAGACGUUGGGCUCUCAGUGAAGAAGAUGCUAGGAGUCUUUGAAUGCUUCCUGCCCAUGAUCCUUGCCAAAGAGUACAGGAACCCGGAGGAGUUGGAGAAUAAUCAACUCGCUCAUACGGAUCUAGCGAAGGUGGCUGAGGAGUUCGAGGCGUCGGGAUUGGAGAUGCCAAGUAGGGAGGAAGAGGAUUUCUCGAGCUAUUACCGCGAGUGGGAGCGUAAGAUCAACCACUGGGUGAUAGAUGAGUAUCGGGGCCAGAUUCAGGGGGAGAUGGCAAUCGUCGAACUAGGCAAGGAAAAGGUCGACGCCCUCAUCCGCGAUGGGGAGAGUUGCUGCAUCUGCGGCGAGGAAUACCUGCAAGAGGGCACAGUGGUGGAGGAACCAGUCCGCCUCCGCAACUGCCAGGCAGAUCACCACGCGGGAAGGCGGUGCCUCAUCAGGCUGGCGGCAACGACUCACGCUGACUCCGAGGGCAGGAAGGUGGCCAGCUGCCCUAUGUGCAGAGCGCCUUUCGUAUCAGAUGACCCGCCGAAGGAUGUAGCAUACCUAAUCUAG